UAUAUGUUAGGCUACAAGCUCUGAAAAACCAGUGUUAAGUGAGCUUUGAGAGGGUAACUGAACUCCACGGGUCCAACUGCUACAUUCUGCUAGGCGGCAGAGCAAGGCCAAUAAAAAUGGAUUACCAAGGCCAAUCUAGCGGUUCGAGUUCAGUCGUUGUAGAGAUGAUUCCAUUGGUCAAGGAACUCAGACACAACCUAGAGACCCUGAAGUCGUUGAAGUCCCAACCAGAGGACGGCAUCAUCGUCGCCAAGGUCCGCCACCUCAUGCGCAACGUCUGCAACAGCGACUAUGAUCCCGAUUACGUCUCCAUCGGCCCGUACAACUACCAUCGGCAACUCCCGACGCAGGAUGACAAGCUGAGAAGCCUCGACGCCGUACUCUCGUGGGCGAAGAAACACGGGCACGGCACGACGGUGGAGGCCUACAUCAACGAGCUGGCCUGCCUCGAGCCAGAGGCGAGGAAUUGCUACAACAACACCUUCGAUGACAUUCCGAAAGACCAAUUCGUGCGCAUGCUCUUGCUUGAUGGCUGCUACAUACUCCACCGCUUCGUCAACUUCCAAGCACAACACACCACGAACGAUGCGGGGGCUGCCGCCAAUGGUAGUAGCGUCCCGUCGGUGUUAGCCGCCUCCCCUGACUUCCAAGCACAACCUACCACGAACGAUGUGGGGGCUCACAAGCUACCACCAACGUUGCGGGGGCUGCCGACUGCCGCCAAUGGUAGUAGCGUCUUGUCGGUGUUAGCCGCCUCCCCUGACAUCCAAGCACAACCCACCACCAACGAUGAGGGGACUUCUGCCAAUGCUAGUAGCAUCCCGUCGACAUCCGCCGCCGAGCUCCGAGCUUUGGAUGUGGUGCGCGACGUGUUCUUCCUCGCGGAGAACCAGAUACCGUUCUUUGUCCUUGAGAAGAUCGGUGAGCUGGCAGUGCCGGACGGUAGGGCUCGUGUGGGUAGAAGCAUUGCGGAUCAUGCUCUGACUCUCAUGAAGGAACACAAGUGCGCAGCGCCGGCCAUGGUGCCUCCCGAGCCGCCGACCGUGCCAGGCAAUCUUCUCCAUCUUCUGCAUAUGCAUCUGAAGCCUGAAUCUGGCCUCUUUCCAGACACCACAGGAAUCACCGCCGCCGAUGAAUCUGCGUCAGUGGGCAGGUGGCGCACGGCGACGGAGUAUAACUACGCGGGGGUGAAGUUCAAGGUUGGUGACAUGAGCGAGGCUGGGAGCGUGCGUUGCAUCCUGGACGUAAAGCUGGAUAGCAGCGGCGGCACGCUGGAGGUGCCCUUCCUGGACAUCGACAACGAGACGUGGCCGCUGCUGCGCAACCUGAUGGAGCUGGAGCAGCGGAACCGGGGGACGGUGGGGAGCAACGUGACGGCGUACUGCGUGUUCAUGUCCCAGCUGGCGAGCGACAGUAAGGACGUGGAGCUACUGCGGAAGAGAGGCGUCAUCGUGCACUCCCACGGCAACGACGGUGAGGUCGCCCAGCACUUCGCCGACCUCUGCAAGGGGAUCAUGUUCAAUCCUAACAACUCGGCCAUCGACUACCUGUGGGAGACACGCCAGAAGAUGGACAGGCGGUCCCGGAGCUACCCUCGGAGGUGGAUGGCGUGGCUAAGGCGGAGGUACUUCGCCAACCCCUGGCUCGCCGUUGGGCUCCUGGCGGCUGCCAUUGGGCUAGUCUGCGCACUCGUCCAAUCACUCUACUCUGUUUUGAGUUACAAACAUGGACGGAACUAG